AUGGGUCUAGAUUAUUAUAAAGUCCUGGGCCUCGAGAAAGGGGCGAGUGAAGAUGAUAUUAAAAAGGCCUAUCGGAAGAUGGCACUUAAGUAUCAUCCCGAUAAAAAUAAGUCCCCAAACGCAGAGGAAAAGUUCAAAAGCGUCGCAGAAGCCUAUGAGACCUUCCGAGUUUUCUUUGGAACUGAUGAUCCUUUCAGUAGCUUUAUGGGCGGAAAUAUGUUCUCAACCGGCGAACGUAUGGAUGUUGAUAACGAUUUCUUUGGUGGAAGUCCUUUUAAAGUAAGUUUGAAUCGCUUGUUUUGGCGCACCCCAUGCUGUCGAACGAAAAUUAUACGGGUAUUAAGUUUAAGCGGCAGCGCUCUGUGCUAUUAUAUAGCCAAGACAUGCUUUCUGUGGCUGUUCUUGUUAAUAAGCAUGACGCGAAUUCAAAUGUUCCAUAAACAGAAGCCGCUUCUACACAAAGUUUAG